UUCGCCAAUGAAACAUUACUCAUAGAGCGUGAAACGUUAACAUUCUUGCCACCAUGUAGUUCCAGAUGGUUCUAUGUUUUACUUGUGAAGUACCAACAGAAUUAAAAGUAGAUAAGAGCCUAUUAGCUGAAAGCUAGCGAGAUUAGCUCUUCUCUCGGUUAGCGGCAGUCGUUAUGCUGGCUCUUAACAGCGAAGUAAUUCAUGGGUCAAAGCCAGAGUGGAGGCCACGGUCCAGGGGGAGGCAAGAAGGACGACAAGGAUAAGAAAAAGAAGUAUGAGCCUCCAAUUCCCACCAGAGUUGGUAAGAAAAAGAAGAAGACCAAGGGACCAGAUGCUGCCAGCAAACUACCAUUGGUCACCCCUCAUACUCAGUGUCGCCUGAAGCUGCUGAAGCAGGAGCGGAUAAAAGACUACCUACUGAUGGAGGAGGAGUUCAUCAGGAACCAGGAGCAGAUGAAACCCCUUGAAGAGAAACAGGAGGAGGAGAGGUCAAAGGUGGACGACCUGAGAGGGACCCCCAUGUCUGUGGGCACCCUGGAGGAAAUCAUUGAUGACAACCACGCCAUCGUUUCCACCUCAGUGGGAUCAGAGCACUACGUCAGCAUCCUGUCUUUCGUGGAUAAGGAUCUGCUGGAGCCGGGCUGCUCUGUUCUGCUCAACCACAAGGUCCAUGCUGUGAUUGGGGUGCUGAUGGAUGACACUGAUCCCUUGGUGACAGUGAUGAAGGUGGAGAAGGCCCCACAAGAAACCUACGCUGACAUUGGAGGACUGGACAAUCAGAUCCAGGAGAUCAAGGAGUCAGUGGAGCUGCCUCUUACACAUCCAGAGUAUUAUGAAGAGAUGGGCAUUAAGCCCCCGAAAGGUGUCAUCCUAUAUGGACCACCUGGCACAGGUAAAACACUGCUCGCUAAGGCCGUAGCCAAUCAGACAUCAGCCACCUUCCUGCGCGUGGUGGGCUCAGAGCUGAUCCAGAAGUACCUGGGAGACGGGCCCAAGCUGGUGCGAGAGCUCUUCAGGGUCGCAGAGGAACACGCACCCUCCAUCGUCUUCAUUGAUGAGAUUGAUGCCAUUGGCACUAAGAGGUAUGACUCUAAUUCUGGAGGUGAGAGGGAGAUUCAGAGGACCAUGCUGGAGCUGCUCAACCAGCUUGACGGCUUCGACUCACGGGGAGAUGUGAAAGUUAUCAUGGCCACCAAUCGAAUAGAAACCCUGGAUCCAGCCCUCAUCAGACCUGGGAGAAUUGACCGUAAGAUUGAGUUUCCCCUGCCAGAUGAGAAGACCAAAAGGAGGAUCUUCCAGAUCCACACCAGCCGCAUGACAGUAGCAGAUGAUGUCACCCUUGAUGACCUCAUCCUGGCUAAGGACGACCUAUCAGGAGCAGACAUCAAGGCCAUCUGCACAGAAGCAGGCCUCAUGGCUUUACGAGAGCGCCGUAUGAAAGUCACCAACGAAGACUUCAAGAAGUCCAAGGAAAACGUCCUGUACAAGAAGCAGGAGGGUACACCGGAGGGGCUUUACCUCUAACCUUCAAAGUUUUAUGUUUCUCUCACUCCCCUCACCCCACCUCUACCUAUCGCUGUGUGAAAGAGAAGAGACAGCAGUUGAGUUGUCUGUCUCCCCAGAGAGAGUUUUGAUAUAUUUUGUGCCUGUCGUGUCUGGCUUACCCCACUCUCCUGUUACCAUUAUAUGUUGAGACAAUAAAUAAAAUGAGACAAAAAUA